CAUGCGUUCGCGCCUCGCUGUUGCUCAGUUUGACGUGGAGUGAGUCCCGUCAAGGUGAAUAUGUACGUACUGCUGCCAUACCGGUGCGAGUGUUAAAUCGAUUGCCAUUCUUCGCUUUCUUUGGCACAUGCUGCGGCGUCGGGCAUGCUGCGCUACGGUGCUUCUAAUCGCAUGGCGUCUCAACUUUAAUAAACUGGAGCGCGAUACUAAGGCGCUCCUCGUUGCUUUGCCUUGCUCUCAUCAUGGGCGCGGCUCAAAGCAACACAUCUCAGCAACGUCCAGCGCAGAAUAAUGCUCCUGACCUGACACCCCUGGUUGAAAUGUCCACACUUUCUGAAAGGCAUGAGUGGAUCCGACGGCUGUUUCACUACGUCGCCCGGGAGCUCGAGACCGCGGAGCAUGAUGGUCGCGAUCAUCCACUCUGCCAAGAAUGGUCCAUUUUGCAGCGCAGACAUGAUCAAAUUUUCCGCGACUCGGUACAAAACGCUGGUGUAAGCGCGGGAUGUCUUCAAGCUCUUCAAAAGAACAUGACAAUAUGGCAAUGUACUUCUACGCCUGAAAUCAACAUGAAGGACAUGGUCAAUUUCAACCAAGCACUCGAAGGCCACAGGCUCAAAGCACAUGGUAUAGCCGUGAGGAUUGAACAGCUAGGUGAAGCUGUCAAGGAAUUCAGACUGCGUACACCAGACUUUGGGACAAGAUUAGCACACUCUGCCGUCGAUGCCUUGGAUAGAUUGCUAGAUAUUUUGCUCAGCAUGAUAGAAUGGGUAACGUCGCGUGUUUUUGGAAUGCGUGGAAUCGGGUACUGCGAUGCUUGUGAAUGCGCGCACGUCAAUACGCACCACAAUAUAGAGGGCCCACUGUCAAAGACCGUGAAAACGUGGAAGGUCCUGGAUAUGAAAUACGCAUAUCUACUUGACGCUUUGGCAGCAGCCUGUUCGGUGGCCAACGACCCCGAAGGUUUCGACGUUCACCUCAAAGCUGCAAGAUCGUCGUGCAUGGUUUUGUAUGAGUGCAUGUCCGCUUACAGUACAGAUUGAACUUCGUGAUUGACUGAGUUGACUCAUGUGCCAUAUCAUUU